UUUCAUCAUUAAAUAAGUUGAGUUUUAGACAAAACCCAGUGCAAAAUUUGACCAAUUUUAGGGUUUCACUAAGCAAUUCCACUCUUCAAUCAUAAAUUGUUUUUAUUUUAUUUUAUAAAUAAAAGAAAAAGAGAAAGAAAACCAAAAGAUUUGAAGUAGACCCUCUUUUUGUCGGUAGAUGACCAGAGAAGCAUGUGAUGCUCCACUGGCACUGACUUGUCUAUUUAUUAUUAUUAUUUUUUUUUUAUUAUUUCCUUUUCUUUCUUAAACGUAUUAUUUCUUCAUUUUCAACUAUUUUUGAGAGCCUACUAUUCAUCUCACAUAUGUACUUUUUCCACCUCCAUAAGUACCCCCACCCUCUUCCCGCUUUCCCCAUUCGUCCUCAUCAAACCUACACCUCUUUCUUUCUCUCUCUCUCCCACUGUUAACAAUGGUGUUCGCUACUGUCCUCUACAUCACAGCACUACUCACAUUUCUCCUAACGGUAGCCAAUGCAAGAAUCCCUGGCCCUUACACUGGUGGCUCUUGGCAAAACGCCCACGCCACCUUUUAUGGCGGCAGCGACGCUUCUGGAACAAUGGGUGGAGCUUGUGGUUACGGAAACCUUUACAGUCAAGGGUAUGGUGUGAACACGGCUGCCCUGAGCACAGCUCUGUUCAACAAUGGCUUAAGUUGCGGAGCUUGUUUUGAGCUAAAGUGCGCCGAAGACCCGAGAUGGUGUCACCCCGGAAGCCCUUCUAUCUUUGUCACCGCCACCAAUUUCUGCCCUCCUAACUUCGCUCAACCCAGUGACAAUGGUGGUUGGUGCAACCCUCCUCGUCCUCACUUCGACCUAGCUAUGCCAAUGUUUCUCAAAAUCGCAGAAUACCGUGCCGGAAUCGUUCCCGUCAGCUACCGCCGGAUUCCAUGUAGAAAGGCAGGUGGAAUUAGGUUCACAAUUAACGGUUUCCGUUACUUCAACUUGGUUUUGGUAACCAACGUCGCGGGUGCAGGGGAUAUCGUGCAGGUGAGCAUUAAAGGGUCUAAGAGCCAGUGGAUGCCCAUGAGCCGAAACUGGGGCCAGAAUUGGCAGUCCAAUGCGGUCUUAGUGGGCCAGGCCCUUUCAUUUCGGGUUCGGGCCAGUGAUAGGCGGAGCUCCACUUCCUGGAACAUUGCCCCACCCAGCUGGCAAUUUGGUCAAACAUUUACUGGAAAGAAUUUCCGUGUGUGAUACCAAAAAUACCCUUUCCUUUUCUAAUUAAUACCCCUCACUUUUUUUUUUUCCUUUUCCCUUCUACUUUGUUGUUUUCAAUUUAAACUUUUUUUGUUUUUUGUUUUUUUCUUUUUUCUUUCUUGGGGUUAGUUUCCCGCCUUCAGAUUUUCUGCUAUUUUCUCAGGAAAAUUUGAAGUGUUUGUUUGGGAGUGAAAAAAAAAAAGUAAUAGAAUGAUAUGGGGUUAGGGUUAUGGGAAAAGUUGGGUGAAAUAUGAUACAGGGGUAGGAAAUCAUUUUACUUUUUUUUUGUUAGUGAAAGUGAAGGGUGUGUUAUGAGUUUUUUGAGUUUGUAAGUGGGAAAAUGGUUAGUGAAAUUACCAAACUAGCCAUUUAAGUUAAGAGGCUGAAGUGGCUGCAAUAGAGGCAAAAAGCAAUGUAGCCCGCAGUUUCUCUCUCUUUCCAUAUUAUAUUAUUAUUAUAUAAAAUAUGAAAUGUACUCCCGUUACUACAUGAAUUAUAAAGUAAUGCUAUGGUGGUGUUAUUAUUAUUA